AUGUGCGCAAAUGGAGGAGUUCCAAAUCCCAGAGAAUGCGAUGUAUGCAAUUGUCCGUACGGCUACGGCGGCAAGUUUUGUGAUGAAAGGGCACCACUGGGUAAAAGGAUCGUGAUUCGGGUGACUAGAUUGCCGACCGACGAAUGCUAUUACGGCUGCACUGUGAGUGGUAUUGAGCCAAAGAUUUCAGGAGAUAGUAAAAUCACAAAUCCAAGAUACUGCUGUAAAGAGCAGCUCGACGAAUCUAGAGAACAAAUUAGCGAACUCAAUCCGACGCCGAUCUUUUCGUAUAGCAAUCUCGAGGAUUCGGAGUUCACAUUUGAGUACAAAUACAUAUGA